CGCAGCCCGGCAGGUGCCGCCUGUCCUCGCCCUCCAGCUGCAGCCCCCCCGCCAUGGAGUCCCCGGUCCAGAUCUUCCGCGGGGAGCCGGGCCCCACCUGCGCCCCGAGCGCCUGCCUGCUCCCCAACGGCAGCGCCUGGUUCCCGGGCUGGGCCGAGCCGAACGGCAGCGCCAGCGCGGAGGACGCGCCGCUGGAACCCGCGCACAUCUCCCCAGCCAUCCCGGUCAUCAUCACGGCGGUUUACUCCGUGGUGUUCGUCGUGGGCUUGGUGGGCAACUCGCUGGUCAUGUUCGUGAUCAUCCGAUACACAAAGAUGAAGACAGCAACCAACAUUUAUAUAUUUAAUCUGGCUUUGGCGGAUGCUCUAGUUACCACCACCAUGCCGUUCCAGAGCACGGUCUACCUGAUGAACUCCUGGCCUUUUGGGGAUGUGCUGUGCAAGAUCGUCAUUUCCAUUGACUACUACAACAUGUUCACCAGCAUAUUCACCCUGACCAUGAUGAGCGUGGACCGCUACAUUGCCGUGUGCCACCCUGUGAAGGCUCUGGACUUCCGCACACCCUUGAAGGCGAAGAUCAUCAAUAUCUGUAUCUGGCUCCUGUCAUCCUCUGUUGGCAUAUCCGCCAUAGUCCUUGGGGGCACCAAAGUCAGGGAAGACAUGGAUGUCAUCGAGUGCUCCUUGCAGUUCCCAGAUGACGACUACUCCUGGUGGGACCUCUUCAUGAAGAUCUGUGUCUUUGUCUUUGCCUUUGUGAUCCCCAUCCUCAUCAUCAUUGUCUGCUAUACCUUGAUGAUCCUGCGCCUGAAGAGUGUCCGGCUCCUUUCUGGCUCCCGAGAGAAAGAUCGCAACCUCCGCCGGAUCACCAGGCUGGUCCUGGUGGUGGUGGCCGUCUUCAUCAUCUGUUGGACCCCCAUUCACAUUUUCAUCCUUGUGGAGGCUCUGGGGAGCACCUCCCACAGCACAGCCGCCCUCUCCAGCUAUUACUUCUGCAUCGCCUUGGGUUACACCAACAGCAGCCUGAACCCCAUUCUCUAUGCUUUUCUUGAUGAAAACUUCAAGCGGUGUUUCAGGGACUUCUGCUUUCCAAUUAAGAUGAGGAUAGAACGACAGAGCACCAGCAGGGUCAGAAAUACAGUCCAGGAUCCUGCUUACAUGAGAGAUGUGGAUGGGAUGAAUAAACCGGUAUGACUAGUCGUGGAAAUGUCUUCUUACGGUUCUCCAGGAAGAGAAGAGUUCAAUGACCUAGGUUUAACUCAGAUUACCACUGCAGUCUGAGACAGAAAGAUAGAAUUUUUAAUAAGCUUUUAGAAAUCUCAUGGUCUGAAGUCGUAAGAUGCAGGCAGCAUUAGUGACCCAGGUCACUGGGAGCAUCAAGGCUGUGGGGAUAAAGGACAAAAGAUCUGAGCAACAAACGUGCUCUUCUAUAGGGCAGGGAAGCAAGGCUGACUUCCAUUUCCCUUGACGGACAAAGAAACAGGCCUCUUUCUUCUGGUUACCUAGAUUUAGUUCAGCACCAAUCUGUGCUGGCUUUCAUAUACAACGUGGCUUCAAAAGUUCUGCUUAAGAAAAAAAGAAAAGACAGCACAUUGGGUUCAGAGCUUUGUGGGCAUCCAAAGCAGAUGUUUAAUAGUGACAGCAACAACCUCAACAAAGAGAAGAGCCAUUUCCAGGGCUGAUGCCCAGCUCACUUUGUGCUGUGUGGACACCCAUUUCUUGUGGCUGUGUGGUGAGGAUAUAGCUUAAGGAAGACUUGGACCCACACCUGAGGAGUCUCAUAUAUAGUAGGAUAUUAUCUUGACAUUUAUAAAAUUAUUUAAACAUGCAAAAGUUGGUUUCUAACAUAGCUUAAUUUCUUGAAAACUGCAGUUGUUGUUUUUUUAAGCAUGCUAUUCAGGUAAAUAAUCUUAUGAUAAAGCUUGUCCUGAUGUCAAGAAACAUAAAAUGGUUUGAAUAGCACUGAAAGAAUAUAUAGUUUUAUCUGUAAAUAAUUGUAUAUGCUCAAAUAAGGACUGGGUUUGGCUUCCAGCCAGGCAAUUUCUUGAGGGCACACUAAUGACAUCCCCCAAGAUGUCAUUAAGGUGUUAUUAUGAGUUGAUGCUGAGACUUUUUUGCUGCAACAUAAGCCACUCCUGGGAAUCAGUCAUGGUGUGAUAUCUUUCAAACUCCCUGAACACCAUUUAGUCCUUUAACAGUGCUCGUAACUCAUGUGUUAACAAGUAACAAAACCUGCAACUCACUCCCAAGUUGUAGGCUUGGACGAAUCUAGUUUAUUUGCCGUAUCUCUUUAUAAAUAUACAGCUAUUACCAGAUUCUCUUUAUUCAUGGAGUGGAUGGUAUUUUGCUUAUGUAGGUCUCCAGAUAUUAUUUGCAGCUUUCAGUGGGAAGUAGAAUUGUUCCUAAAUGUGUGCUGAAUGAGGGCAUUAUGUCACUCGUGGUGCCUGGACAUACCUUGCACGGUGUUCUAUGAAGGUCAUACCUGUUGAGGAUAAUGCCAUGAGUAGCACAUUUAGGGUAAUUUUGCUAAAACUUCUAGAUGACAAAUUCCCUCUUCUUUCCCCUGAAACUCAUAGUUUCAGAGGUAAUGGCUUUUUCUGUUGUGAAGUAUACUAUAAAGCAAAUAUAUUUCACAGGGCCUAGUUUCUUGU